AUGUUCCUCCUAUGUUUCAGCUUUGGCUUUGGUCGCAACUUACAAGAUAUACUCGGUGCCACUGAAGUUACACCCAAACAUGUCGAAGCAACCGCUCAGGUUACUAAUUUCGAAGCUGAAGACAUUAUUCCAAGUAAUAUUGAGUUGGGAGAAGUUGGAAGUCAAGAGAUGCACCACAUUCUCAUAGGAACUGGUCCGUAUUCGACUCAACAAGACAAUAAAAAGUUACCGAAGAUUAUAAGGGGUACCCUUUCCAUCACAUUCUCAUUUCCUUUCAUCAAGAUUCCUUUUUCAGGUAAAGAUUCUACAAUAGUGGCCUCCAUAAACAAACCCAAUGAAGAUAAGAUCAAAGGCAUUGUCAUUACUCCAACGAAGAAUCAUGAGUUUGGUCUUUCCCCUGGCAAAGACGGUGUAGAGCUCGAAUACAGCCAGCAAAAACCAGUCGUUAGAAUCGAAUAUUGA